GCCGCGGCGUCGCCACCUCCCACCACUACCAAUCUGCCCCUCACCGAUUCCCCUCAAAGUCGACCCCGUUACACGCGCCACCCCUGUCAACUCAACCUCCCCUCCCUUCCAUCACCGCCGCCGCCAAAACAGCCUCUGCCGCUGCCGUCGGCGGCGGCGGAGGAGAAGGAGACGAUGGCGAGAACUACAGCAACGGCGCUUUUCAAGAAGUUAAUCCUUAUACGGAGAACGAUUCGAAUCCAUUCGAUGAGGAGUCCGAUCCGAACAAAUCUAGGGCUAACAAUGCGUUGACCGAGAAGCGGAAGGAUCGUGAGGAGCUCAGCGACGGUGGAACAACAACACCUUAUUCUUACAAAAAAUCCAAACUCACCUCCGGCAGCGCCGCCGCCGCCGGCGGAGGCAGCGGCGGAGAGUACAGGAAAGACAGGGAGGAGUGGAGCGACACCGCGAUUGCUUGCCUUCUCGAUGCGUAUACGGAGAAGUUUACGCAGCUGAAUAAGGGGAAUCUGAGAGGGAGGGAUUGGGAGGAGGUGGCUGCGAUUGUGAGUGAGGGAUGUGAGAAGCAAACGAAGAGCAUCGAGCAGUGUAAGAACAAAGUUGAUAAUUUGAAGAAGAGGUAUAAGUUGGAGCGGCAUAGGAUGAACAAUGGUGGUGUUUCGGCAAGUCAUUGGCCGUGGUUCAAGAAGAUGGAGCUGAUUGUUGGUAAUUCAUUGCCGUCGAAGGCAGUAUCGGAGGACGACAAGGCUGUUUCCGGCUCGUCUAACUCGCUUAGACAAUCGAAAAGAUAUGGCACUGUAACACCAAGCCCUGUUGGACAAAUGAAUAACAUGAAGUCGAAAUCAUCAACAAACCCUAGAUGGCGGAGAGUGGUUUUCAAAAUCAGUGGUGCUGCUUUGGCUGGGAACGGUUCUCAUAAUAUCGAUCCUAAGGCGACAAUGCUGAUUGCAAGAGAAAUUUCUACCGCUUGCCGUCUUGGUGUUGAGGUGGCAGUUGUUGUUGGAGGCCGUAAUUUCUUUUGUGGAGACACUUGGGUUACAGAAACUGGUUUAGACAGAUCUACUGCCUAUCAAAUUGGUAUGAUGGCAACUGUGAUGAAUUCAAUAUUGCUCCAGUCAGCUUUAGAGAAGAUGGGUAUUCAUUCACGUGUGCAAACUGCAUUUGCCAUGCCAGAGGUUGCUGAACCAUACAGUAGGCAAAGGGCUAUUCGGCAUCUUGAAAAGGGAAGGGUUGUAAUAUUCGGUGGUAUUGGUGCUGGCACUGGAAAUCCACUCUUCUCAACUGAUACAGCAGCUGCGCUUAGAGCUUCAGAGAUUCAUGCUGAUGCAGUCCUUAAAGGAACCAAUGUAGAUGGUGUCUAUCUUUGUGACUCCAGAAGCAAUGGUGUCGUAUCUGAGCACAUUUCCUUCAGGGAGUUGGCCUCUAGUGCUGCUCCCCUAAUGGACAUGAUGGCAGUGACAUACUGCGAGGAGAAUGGAAUUCCUGUUGUGGUGUUUAAUCUUCAUGAGCCUGGGAACAUAUCUAGAGCAUUGUGUGGAGAACAAGUUGGUACACUGAUUGAUCAGACAGGAACAGUUAGCUAAUGUUUGUGGAUCAUCAUCCCCAAUUACAAUUUUUGUGGCAUUCAAAGCUAUGUUCAUGCACUGGAUUACUAUUUGAUUGUUCUUUCAAGAGCUAAUAUGCGGUAACUCAAUUGUGGUUAGGGAAGAUCUCAGCAAGACUGUACACAGGUUAAGACUUUGCUGCUUGUAUCAUACAUGAGAAGGUUAAGCUUCUAAUUUGCCUUCGUUGUUAACUUAUUAUCAUUCUACAGUGACGACGACAUGAGUUGCAUGAUUGAUGAUCUGCUUUGAUCAUUGUCCUGUUGUGAUUUCUCUUGUAGUAUAUCUCGUAUUGUAAAUCGUUUCAACUUCUUAAAGUUGCUAGUUGAGAGAAGAGACUAGAUGCAAAUGAAUUACCAGUGUAGUAUAGUGUACUUAUUGCUAAUAGUGGUUGUUUAUGAUGUGUUAUGAUUAGCUUAAGGUUUUGAUUAUGAAUGGACUUUUGACUUCCUUCGCGUA